GGACAUCUCCAGGGCAGAUAUGCCUUUCAGAUGUCUGGUAAUACUGGGUUAAAAAUCUAAUGGUUGGUGGUUAAAUUUUUUUUUUUUUUUUUUUUUUAGCAAGAGAAUGACUUGAUGGUUUACUUUUCUAGUGAAUAUUUCAGUUUUUUUUGCAAGUAUUUGACCUGUUGCAUGUGACUCGGGGCAGAUGUAGAUACCCCAGCCGGGGUUCUACCAUACGGCAGACAGAUAUUAUCGGACUGAUCCCAGCCACAACAUACCGCAGAAUUCCUGUCUCAGCUCUUCCGUAGCGUGGAGUCAGUCUUCGCUCGCUCCUUGGCCGUCAGACAAGAAUACCACAAGCGGCGCUCUUUCCACCUGCAUGGAAAUGAACGUGCGGAAUGUAUCUGUGGCCCCAAGAAUAUUUAAGGAAACCAGUGCUUUCAUCCUUCUGAAGAACCUGUGACGUCCCUGCCCUAUUUUAAGUGCCCCCAUUGAAGAGAAGUAAGAUGACGUGCAGAUUCCUCUAGCGUGAUCUGGCUUCUCUCCGGACAUGCCCACAAGCACCAUUGUCUUGAGACAGAUUACUUCAUGUAAAUUUGCACACACAAGGUCCCAAUAAUGGUUCUGCACUUUGGCUUAUCCAAGAACUUUAAUACAAUUUUGCUCGAUACGGAUAUUUAUAUCUGUAUUGGAGCAUGACAAGCUACAGACCCUACCAAAACGAUGGAGUGGAGGCCAGCGGGACAUCCAUGAGAGCGAAUGAUGUCCUCCGAGGAGUGGAUUAUUAUCCACAGGGCCUGUGGGGACAGAGCAGCAAUGGCAUGCAACACUCUACUGAAGCGUCCAAGUUUAGCUCUUUCACUCCGGCUAUGCCAAAAAUGGGAGUGCGUGCCAGGAUUGCCGACUGGCCUCCUAAAAAAGAGACUCAAAAAGAGACCAUGACCCCUAGCCCAUCAAGGGAGAUGGAAGGACCCAAAGAGUUCUACCUGCAAAGGAGCUUUCCUAAUGGACAACAUUUUCAGAGUAAUGGGGGCUCUCCGGGAUUUCGAGGCUUUCAUAGACUGUCAAGGAAGCGGUCCAAAGACAUUGAGUUUUUAGAUGGUUGGCCAAGGUCUCCGGGUCGGACAUUUAUAACUCUCCGGAACAGAAGCAAUAGUGAGACGACGCUAAGUGAAUGCGAUGUGGAUGUAUCUUUGGAGCCUAGGGGGUCAAAGCUAAGCAAUGGGAUGCCUCUAUUCAGAGAGUAUGGCAGCACAUCUUCUAUUAAUGUGCAAGGGGUUUCGGAGCAGAGCCUAUAUGAUAUGCUGAAAGACUUAAGAAAUGAAAAGCAUGACAAAGGAAGUGAUUCAACAAUUAGGGGAAGUGGUCUUCUUCAUGAGGAUUCGAGCAUUGCUUCUAAUCUCAACUUGGCAGCAGGCUCCAGAACAGAUCUGCGCAAUGGACAGUAUCAGAGAGACGACGGUACGUUAAAGGAUAAGCAACGAAAACGGGCCACCAAGGGCGAGACCAACGACUCCUCCAUCUUUCGAAAGUUGAGAAACAACAAAAGCGAGAAUGAAAUGGGAAAGUCAUUCGUGGACCAGGAUGAAAGUCUUAAGCCUUGGAUCUGCCCCAAAUCUUUUGCCCAUUAUGAUGUACAGAGCAUGCUCUUUGACCUUAACGAAGUAGCCGCCAACCGAAAUUAUGUUGCCCAAAGGCGAAACACUACAACGGGAGCCUCUGCGGCAUCGGCCGUGUCCUUAGCAGUCUCUAAAGCUUUUAGUCUUGGCAACAUGGACCCCAGUUUCACCAGCACCGAAGACUUGAACUUUAAGGAGAACCUAGAACAUGACAUGGGAGACAAUAACAGCAACGACCUUCUUCUCAGCUGUCCACAUUUCCGAAAUGAGACCGGGGGGAUGUCCGAGCGCAACGUCAGCUUUUCCAAGGCUUCUGCUGGCUCGCCGAAUGGGACUGAAGGGGGCAUCUUGGAGCCCUCUCUUUCUAUAUACUGUACCAAUGCCAGUAUAUCUGUUUUGGAAGUUUCCAGGGAAAUGCAGAAGACACAAGGGAGAUUAAAACACUACAGUAUAGAACAUGUGGAUUUGGGAGCCCGCUAUUACCAAGACUACUUUCAUGGGAAAGAGCACUGUAACUACUUUGGAAUAGACGAGAAGUUGGGACCUGUUGCUGUGAGUCUGAAAAGGGACAAACUGGAUGAAAGCAAGGACCACGGUCCACAGUACCAGUACAGGAUCAUUCUCAGGACCAGUGAGCUCGUAACCCUGAGAGGUAUGAUCCACGAGGAUGCUGUGCCAUCCACAGCCAAGCACGGUACGGUUCGGGGACUACCCCUCAAAGACGUUCUAGAGGCAGUGAUCCCCGAGCUUAAUAUUCACUGUCUACGGCUGGCGAUGAAUUCCUCAAAAGUCACCGAGCAGCUUCUCAAGCUGGAUGAACAAGGGCUUUGCAGAAAGCACAAGGUGGGGAUCCUGUACUGCAAAGCGGGGCAGAGCUCCGAGGAGGAGAUGUACAACAACGAGAGCGCAGGUCCGGCCUUCGAGGAAUUCUUGUCCCUACUAGGAGAGAAGGUCUGCCUUAGAGGCUUCAGCAAGUAUGCCGCUCAGCUGGACACAAAGACGGACUCCACCGGGACACACUCUCUGUAUACCAACUACCAGGACUACGAGCUCAUGUUCCACGUUUCCACAAUGCUGCCGUACACCCCAAACAACCGGCAACAGCUUCUUCGGAAGAGACACAUUGGAAACGAUAUCGUGACCAUCAUCUUCCAGGAGCCUGGAGCUUUGCCUUUUACUCCCCAGAACAUUCGCUCGCACUUCCAGCAUGUCUUUAUCAUUGUCUGGGCACAUGAGCCUUGCACUGACAAUGUCUGCUACAGAGUGGCAGUGACCAGAUCCAAAGAUGUCCCUCCCUUCGGUCCUCCAAUUCCUAAUGGGGUAACAUUCCGUAAGUCCGAUGUGUUCCGCGACUUUCUUCUGGCUAAAGUGAUCAAUGCCGAGAACGCGGCUCACAAGUCGGACAAGUUCCACACUAUGGCGACUCGUACACGACAGGAAUACCUAAAGGACCUGGGCGAGAACUACGUAACCAAUACUCCCAUCGACACCACGGGUAAAUUUAACCUGAUCUCUCUAACGUCCAAGAAGAAGGAAAGGACAAGGGCGCGGCUGGGUGCCGAGCUGCAGAGUUCGGGCGCCUUGUGUUGGAGAGUGAUGGCUCAAGACUUUUCUCAGGCAGCUGAGAUGGAGUGUGCAUUGGGCAUCUCCAACGAGUUCAUGGUCUUGAUUGAGACCGCCACCAAGGAAGUGGUCUUUAACUGUUACUGUGCCGACGUCAUAGGGUGGACUCCAGAGCCGCUGUCCCUGAAGAUCUUUUAUGGCCGAGGUGAUCAUAUAUUAAUACGGGCAAUUGACGGGAAUGCAGAAGAUAUCCGGGAGAUUGUGCAGAGACUUAAGAUUAUGACCACAGGAUGCGAGACGGUGGACAUGACCUUACGCCGGAAUGGACUAGGACAGCUCGGUUUCCACGUCAAGUAUGAUGGUACGGUGGCAGAAGUGGAGGACUAUGGAUUUGCAUGGCAGGCUGGUCUGCGGCAGGGCAGUCGACUUGUCGAAAUAUGCAAGGUGGCCGUGGUGACCCUUACCCAUGACCAGAUGAUUGACCUUCUCCGCACGUCGGUCACGGUGAAGGUGGUGAUCAUACCGCCCCAUGAGGAUGGAGUCCCUCGAAGAGGGUGGUCCGAGUCCUAUGAACUCAGCUGCAUGGACCAGAAGGACGCAGAGAAUUCCACGUCUGGUUCCCGGCCACCCUACCGCAGCAACAUCGCCUGGCAGUGGAGUGGCUCUGCCACCCAUCAGGGGGCGAGUCCAUCUCAGAAGUGGGUUACCCCAACCUAUGCACAGUCGCUUAACCGGCUACCCAAGCAGAGUCCUGCGGCGCCUGUCCGAGAGCCCCAGCCGCUACACAACAACAGAAGGCCGGUGAGUUAUCCGGAGACGCCGCAUGUCGCCACAUCCCCAACAGCCGUCGACAAAGUGCAGCCGUACAGACAGCAGUCUGGGAGCUUCUCUACACCAGCGUCUACUGGGGCCGGAUACAGCCGCUAUAAACCCACUGUGGACAGGUUUGGCACCCCGCAGCGUACCGUUCUCCAAGCAGAGUCCUAUGGUGCACAGGAUGGCUUGUCCAGUCAGGAGAUGGCUGUAGAUAGACAUAAACCAGAACCUCUGUGGCACAUCCCAUCGCAGCCCCGAGUCAGUGUGACCAAGAGACCUAACAGACAGGAGCUUGCUGGCAAGAGUUCUCCUCACCGCCAUUCAAGGGGAGAGGCCCAGUAUUCCAGUCACUCCAGCAGUAACACCUUGUCCAGCACUGCCUCCAGUAACCAGAGUGACGAGCGGUGGUUCGAUCCCCAAGAGCAGCCGGAUAUAGACCUGGAGCCCCUUUUUAAGGGCACGUCGAACGAUAGUGGCAUUGACACUUCCCUCUCCAAUUUUGCGCACUCUAAGCCAGCCAGGCCAACUCCCCGUCGAGAGAAAGUGCAGAAACCCAUGGCGUGCUCCACCUACCCCGGCAUGCAUGAGAGCAGCUCUCGGGACAAGAGGAAAGAUCAGAUGUCCUCUGGAAAAGGUUACAGACCCAAAAUGUAUCCGCCUGGUAACGGUGCAGCUGAAGCCUUCAAUGACUCAAGAUCCAACACGUAUAAAUCCCCUGACGGUUCCAGGAACCAGCAGAUGUCACAGUCAAGCUCCUUCCAGCUGUCCAGCUCUGUGCCCAAAUCUUUUUUCUCUCGUCAGAACGUGAGGAAUAAGAUCCCAGCUGGCUGGAAAAAGCCAGAGGAAACACCACAAAGGCCAACCACAUUUACAGACCCCAAAAAACAAGUAGAUGUGAACACAAAGAACGUGUUUGGCCAGCCCCGGCUGCGGGCCUCACUGCGAGACCUCCGAUCGCCUCGCAAGAAUUACAAGUCGACCAUUGAGGAUGAUCUGAAGAGACUGAUUAUUAUGGACAAUCUGGGGCCGGAGCAGGAGCACGACUGCAUGUCACCUCAGAAAGCCUUGCAGAGAACCCUUUCUGACGAGAGUCUGUGCAGUGGACGCAGAGAUGCAGGAUUCGCCUGCUCCCCGUCAGUGGACUCUGCCCGAGGCAGUGACAUCUUCUAUAGCAACCCAUAUCCAUCCAGUACUCUCCCUGUUCGCCGCCAGCACCAGCCGGGAAUGCCUGAGAAAUCUGCCACCAUCUUGUCUUCUGAGCUGUCACUUACAGAGAUUCGGGAUUCCAACUCCAGGCAUGUAGAGCCAGGGAUGAUGCCGCUGCCAGACACUGCAGCAGGCCUAGAGUGGUCCAGUCUCGUCAGUGCAGCCAAAGCCUACGAAGUGCAGAGAGCCACCUCCCUCUUCUCUCUGAAUGAAGCUGCACUGAGUCCUGUGCAAAGUGGCGGCACAGCACACCUCAGCCUGGAGAGGCAGCACACGCCGCGCACCACUCCCACCUCAAGUGAUGAAGUGGCUCCUGACCUCACCGGGAAAGUUCUGCAGCUUGAGGUCAUGUUGAAACAGCUUCACACAGAUCUUCAAAAGGAGAAACUAGACAAAGAGGUGCUGCAGGCAGAAGUGGCGAAUCUCCGACAUAACAAUCAGCGACUGCAGGCAGAAUCGCACUCGGCCAGCGAGCAGCUGAGGAAAUUUGCAGAGAUCAUUAAUAAUACUGUGGAGAAAAAGGAUCCUUGAGGUCCAAGGAGGUGACUGAGCCUUCCAUUGGGGGGGUACACAGAGCUCACGAUAUGGUACAUCCCACCGCAGGAGGUGGUCUCUCCUCUUCAAGAGCCCUGCACUAUAGGACUGGAGUUUUUUUUUUUUUUUUUUUUUUUUUUACUUUUAUGAUGGAUGCACGUUUUCUCAGUUGUCACUUUUUGCAUUAAUGUUAUUUUUAUUUUUCUUCAUGUACAGGAACAUUUUCCUCCUUUGUAGAUUUGUAUAAAUUAGAAAGCUGAGGAGCGAGAGGGGGGGGUGUAUUUUCGGCCGUAUCGCCUGCACAAGUUUCCGUCAGGAAUUAUGCAAAAAUGGAAAGACUCUCAGGCAGGCGUAGGGCGAAAUACCUUCUGGAAAGUAAUGUUAUAUAUAUAUAUAAAUAUAUUUAAAUUGUAUAGCAAAAAAAAGUUAUAUAUGGGGAAAAGGUCUUUGGAUGAACCCAUAAGUAAUGUUAAAGUUUCAUACAGAGUUAUUUUAAUAUGACGCCAGUCUGACUGGAAACAGGAUCUUUCUGUGUAUAUUUUGUUAAUAUGACCUGUAUAUAAAUCAUCUCUUUUUGUUAAUGGGAACAACUGACAUCAUUAUAAUUUACUAGUAAUACCUUAAAGUCAUCCCGUCACGGCACAGGUGGCCUUUAACCAGGAGCUUCUAUAAAAUGACGAUAAAGGGGCUGUCCGGGACUGGAAAAAGUGUCUGCUUUCUUCCAAAAACAGCAACACACCUUCCCACAGGUUAUGUGUGGUGUUGAAGCUCAGCCCCAUGUAUUAUGUUUCAUGUAAACCUAAUAGCUAUAUGUGGGCAACCUUUCAGUUAACAUUGGCCAAAUGUUUGGGUUACCAGGGUGAUGGACUAUGUCUGCCCCUUGGCUAGUUUAGGGAGUCUAUUCAGGGCAGAGCUUCAGGAAGGAUUACUGUGUAAGAGUUCCUGUGGACCAGGUCUAAGUCUCCUCUGCCGCUGAGACUACAGCUGCCAAAGAGGCAACUCUUCUACCAGAGUCCCCCUGAAAGAAAGGGACCGGACAUCUUGGAAGGUCCAGAACCAAGAAGACUGUGCAAGAAUGUGUCCAUAAGGUAUUCGCUCGUUUAUGGCGUAAGAUACUUUACUGCUGUGGAAAGUAUCUUGCGCCAUAAACGACUGGCCAUCCGUACUUAAAAUCUGCAUCGCUCAGUCUGGGAACUGCAUAAAGAUUUAACCGAAUCAGGAUAGGACUUCAGUGGAGCUGAGCUGCAAUACCAGGCACAACCCAUGGACAGGCUUUGGAAUAAAGCAGCCAUGUUUUUCUAAUCCUGGACAACCCCUUUUAACCACAGCAUACACACCUGGAGUUCAGGGCACAGUUGAGCAUCCAGCUGAACUGGACAGUAGGGCUGUUCUUGCCAGUCCUAUUCGAAAUCGCUAUCCUCACAUAGCGCCGCCCUGCUGUCCAGUUUAUCUAUAUAGGAAAUGCAGCCCUGAAUCCUGGUUUUGGAAGGCGCUAUAUAGUGGGUGCUCUCAUACGUGUCCCGGUUCAUAGUUCUUCUGUCUCGUGAUGGUUACACGUAAAUCAACUUGCAGAAAUCUGCAAGCUUUGCAAGUUUACAUGCAGAUACCUUCUACACAAUGUACAUGCCUAAUGUAAGAGUAAAGGAGAUUAUUUAUACUUGAACUUUAGGAUUUGCUUUUGCCAUUGAUUUUUCUAUGUGUGAUAUCACAGGAAGCCUGAACACAUUCUAUUUUUCAGGUGAGAUCUACACACACACACACACACACACACACACACACACAACUGACCGAUCAGCCUGGAGUACGAUGCACUUUCUCCUUCCAGUCGUCUUGAACUUUUCCCCAGUGUUUCAUUCAUCUAAGGCCCCAACCCUGUAGAUAGUCUUCUUCAUCACCAGCCAUCCUCCCAACAGUCGGGUCUCGAGAACUGUUCAUCAUGCUUGAUCAGCCAUUUUGAACCUUUCACAGAGCUGCCAUGUUGAACCUUAACUGUCUGCUCAUCCUGAGAAGAGGGGUUGACCUUCGCUACUGGACCUCACCGACCUUCAUGCCUUCUUGCCAUGCACAGCUGUACGAUAUACUGUAAUGUUGUGUGAAACGCAUGAUGGUUUGGACUCAAUGGACUCAAAUUAUUUUCUAAAUGAGGGCUGCCAGACUGAGAAGUUGUAUACGGUUUUAUUUGUAUAAACUGAUCUACGCUU